AGCAGCGACAGUGCUGCUUUACGAGGCGGCGCGUAUCGCCAACGUCCCGAUCCGGUCUAUCGCCCGCCCAGCGAUGCAGAUGAAGACUAUGAAGAAGACGAAGACGAAAAGUACUGGAGAGACUACGAAAUCCAUCGCAGAAAGCCCAAGGACAUCCCCGAGGACGACAACUCAAGCACCAGCAGUGACUGGAACAAGUAUGGGAGUCUCCCGCUGGCUGUAAAGGAAUACAAUGUGGCUUUCGCUGAGCUGGAGGGGAGCGAGCACUGGAAUUCCGAGCAGAGAAAGAUUCACAAGCUCAUCUACAUGCGUGGUCUCCAUCCCAUGCUGCCCUCAACAUGGAGAUUGAGCUUCAAGAUGUGGGGCAUCACCCAGCCGGAACUUGACAACGUCUUCUCCCCAAGAAACAGCAAGAAGCGCGUGGUAAUCCAUGCAAAUGGCAGCGAGUUGGAAGCAACAAAAGCACUCGAGUCGCUGUUCUAUCUUUCGCAGACAGUCGCCGACUAUGAGGAAAUCGGCUGCGAGGACAAAAUCUCUCGAACCAUCAGCAAGGGAAUCCGGAACUACAUCAAUUGGGCUCUCAGGGAUGCGGGCAUCUCCAGGUCUAAGACACAGCUCAACAUGCUGGUGAGGGAAUACCCGCCUGAUUUCAGCGCCUAUGCCGAAAACAAGAGCAGAGAGGCAGAUCUGACUCCUUCCUCUCCGAUUGGCGACUCCGAAGGAGGACAGAGAAAAGUCGUCAACGUUCAGGUAACCUCCAUCCUGACCGAGGAAGAGCAACAGAGACUCUUCAUGGAGGCAAUCUCACAAGAUGUCGAAAAGCGGCUCCGCAACCGGGGCCAGCGAUGGCGCGAACUCCUCCGUGAUGACGAGGGCAGAGGCUACGGAGCGCAGCCCCCGACGCUGUAUGCCUUUGCCAUUGUGCAACACAUUGUCAUGGUUGCCAGCCACGACCCGAGCGACACAAAACAUCCUGUUGUUGUGCUGGAGCAGGUCCGGUUGAAUAAUAGGGGACAUUGGCUGUGGAAUGCGCUGGCGUUAGCUAUUCCGAUCAAUGUGGCGCGGGAUUCCCUGGAUCGGUUGUGGGACACGGGCGUGAUUGUCCCGGCGCACGACGAGUUUGAUCCAGACCCAGAUCUCUGA